CCAACACCGACCACGUUCCGAGUCAUAUUCCUUGCUGCGUUGUGGACCGUGGGCGCGAUGAACAAGUCGCACCGAUCCCCGCUUCGGUCGGGCGCCCGGAGCAUCUACGCCGGGCUCUUGGAUGCCCUCUUUGUAACCGCGCAUGUCCUCGUUGGCUACGCUACGUACGCGGGUUACGACUGGGUCACCACCGAGCUCUACCCUCUGGGUGCGACGCUCCUCGCUGCCCCCGUGCUACCGCCACCGUCCCUGUGCCGCACGCUCUUUUCGACUCCGUCGCCCACGGACGUCCAUGUUCUGGACGCUCCCCAUGAAGGCAUCUUUGUCAUGCGCAACGGCGCAAACGUCGGUCGCGCCAUGACGUGGGUUAGCGUCGGCGCACCCGGAGACGACUGCGUCGCGCCCUUCUCUCGCGCCGCCGCCCACGUCCUUGGCGUCUCGGGCCCUGACGUCUUUGCCCCGAUCACGCUCUACGACGACGCGGGCCACGAAAUCGCACCCACCUUUGCCAGCAUCGUGGCGGCCAAGCGUGUGCAUCUGCUGCUGCACGGUGAGGUGUGGGUCUGGCCUGGCAUCGCUCUCGGACACGAGUGGACCGCGGACGGCUACGCGAUGCGCACGCUCUCGCUCUCGCCAACAGUCAUCCUCGUGCGCGACUUUCUCGACGAUUCGGAAUGCAGCGCCCUUGUGGAGGGCGGGCGGGACCUCCUCGGGCCGUCCCACACGGUCGACAAGGCCGCCAACCACCGCCUUGCUCUGCGCACGAGCUCGACCGCGUUCAUUGGCCACGUCGCCGGGGCAACGACCAUCAAGGAGCGCGCGACGAGGCUUGCACGGUUGCCCGACGUGAGCUACACGGAGGACCUUCAGCUCGUGCGGUACGGACCCGGCCAGUGGUACAAAAAGCACACGGAUUACUUUCAACACCUCGACGUCUCGUCGCAUGCGCGUGCGGGGACGUCGCUGGCGCACUGGGUGCGCUGGGUGCAGGCACAAAUCGGUCGCACGGCCUCGUUAUCGACGACGCACCCGUUGUACCCGAGCCUGUCGUCUGCGUUUGAGCGGUCCUUUGCCUUGCUGCUGCUUGAACGGGACGCCAUUCAAGACAAAGCGGUGGUGUCGUGGCUUCGACACCAUCUGGAGCACGAGUAUCUCUUGUCGUCGCUACUGGCCGCGUGGAGUCCGACGAACCCGCUUCUCUUUGCCACGUGGCGUCGCGUCUGGGAGGACGCCGUGGGGAUCCCCGCGCUGCAAUGGCGCGACCCGCUCCAGCUCAAGUACGUCGAGCCGAACCGACACGCGACGCUCUUCUUGUACUUGAACGACGUGGCCCACGGCGGCGAGACUGUGUUUCCGUACGGAACUCCAAUGUCGACGACGUCGACGACCACGACGUCGGGCAUGCCCGAGUGCGCACGCGGUCUCUCUGUCAAGCCAGUGAAGCGCGCCGGCGUCCUCUUUUACAACAAGGCGCCGACGGGCGAGAACGAUCCGAGAAGCAUGCACGGCGGGUGCCCGCCGCAGGACGGCGACAUCAAGUGGGGAAGCAACGUCUUCAUGUGGAACGUCGAGGCUGCGUAUGGCAACAAGAAAUGGCGCUUUUGGUAGAAGCCAUCGCCUUCCUCGCACCCAAAAUACAUCAAUGUAUCAAGAGACACCGUUUUCACGACUUUAGUAUGCGAACCUCGCCGUUAAUGAUCCGUCAGUCUUUAGCAGUGGCGUGCUAUCUCAUCGAUGGCAGGCUUUCUACCACAUAUAAAGUGUGGUAAAUAGAAAGG